AUGUCCAAGCACCUCCAAAUCACACACGAGCCCGCCGAGGCGGAUUUGUCUUCCAGCAGCGGCGAUGGCUCAAGCUCCAGCCUUCAGGUCAAGGAGGCGCACAUUCUACAAGAACGCAGGAUCGGUCUUCUUGGAGCGAUUUCGCUCAUCGUGAACAAAAUCAUUGGCGCGGGAAUAUUCUCGACUCCAACUUCUAUUUUCAAACUAAGCGGCAGUCCGGGACUGGCCUUGAUUCUUUGGGUGAUCGCUGGAGUAAUCUCAACAUGUGGUGCUAUGGUACUACUCGAGUUUGGUAGCGGUAUUCCAAGGUCGGGUGGAAUGAAAGUCUAUCUAGAGCGGUGCUUUUCACCCCGACUUUUAGUGACUUGUGUAUAUCUCUUCUACUGUGCUAUUCUACAGACUUCAGCUAGUAACGCCAUCACAGCUUCAUCUUAUAUUCUCAAAGCGGCCUCAGUAGAUUCUACUACUUGGAAACUUCGAGGACUGGCUAUUUCUGCCGUCUCAUUUGCCGUCGGUAUUCACACCGUGGCACCGAGAGUGGGAAGAGGAUUGCAAGAUGUUCUUAGCAUCGUGAAGCUAUUCACACUCUUUUUUAUCGUAUGCACAGGAUUCGCUGCCUUGGGAGGCCAUCUUAGGGUGCCUAAACCAGACAACCUUUCCGUCUCUUCGUCAUUCCGAGGCACCUCGAGUAGCGGCUAUAAUAUUGGUACCGCAUUGCUAGAUGCAAUAUUUUCUUUCCAGGGAUAUGAUAAUUUGAAUGCGGUCUUGUCUGAAGUGAAGAAUCCCCAGCGUACGCUUCGCAUAGCUCUUCCUACCGCCAUGAGCCUGGUCACCGUGCUCUAUGUGUUAGCAAACAUUGCAUACUUUGCCGGGGUUUCGCGCGAAGACUUCCUAGCUUCCGAUCUGACCAUUGCAGCCUCUCUUUUCAACAACGUCUUUGGCAAUUCUGCAGCUAUCAAAGCACUACCUGCUCUGGUCGCUAUCUCUGCCAUCGGCCAUCUACUAGGUGUGGCUUUCACUGUUUCGCGAGUCUUGCAAGAAUUAGCCAAAGAUGGUGUCACGCCCUUUCCUAGUAUUGUCAUGCAAAAUCGACCAUUCAAGACCCCCAUUAGCGCUCUCGCAAUUCACCUGGGGGUGAGUAUCAUCUUGAUUUGUGCUCCUCCCGCAGGGGCUGCUUUCGAUUUUGUCGUUGGUCUUGGAACUUAUCCUACGGUAUUUCUCUUGACUUUUGUUACUAUUGGAUUGAUCAAACUGCGCCUUUCGAAGGAUGAAGAUUUUCAAUCUAAUUUUAAAGUUCCUUGGGUCAUUUUGGGCUUCUAUCUCGCCAGCAACAUUUUUCUUUUGGUGAUGCCUUUCAUUCCUCCAUCUGAUGGUAAAGGUAACACGAGUCUCCCUUACUACCUUUCUCCUGUGGUGGCACUAGCUAUUCUAGCUGUUGGUGUCAUAUAUUAUACCAUCCGCUUUGUACUAUUGCCGUGGGCUUUUGGGUACAGAUUGGAAUCGGUGGUGGUCAAUUUGAGUGACGGGUCGCAAGUCUCAAGAUACAAAAUUAAGAAGACAACUUGA